AGGCCGCCGCGCUAUGGAUCGCGCGCUCCGGCUCCUCGCGCGUUCGCGUUUACUCUCGCGGAAUCCAGGUUCCGCCCCCAGCCCUGGCCUUGGCCCGGGUGGCCCAGCAGUCCUCCUGCUCCGGCCUCCGAACGCCGCUCGAAUGGCAAGCCAAAAUUCUUUUCGGAUAGAAUAUGAUACCUUUGGUGAACUCAAGGUCCCAAAUGAUAAGUAUUAUGGUGCCCAGACUGUGAGAUCUACAAUGAACUUUAAGAUUGGAGGCAUGACAGAACGCAUGCCAAGAUGUUAAAGUGUGAAAAGAAUUGAUGAAAUGUAUUACAUAUCCUACUGGAGCCCAACUAGAGUAUGAAAAAUAGUCAGCACAAGAAUGCAGGAUAGGCUAGUAAGCCUAGAAGUCCCCAGGCCUCAUCUGAUCCCAGUUAUUAAAGCAUUUGGCAUCUUGAAGCGAGCAGCUGCUGAAGUAAACCAGGAUUAUGGUCUUGAUCCAAAGGUUGCUAAUGCAAUAAUGAAGGCAGCAGAUGAGGUAGCUGAAGGUAAAUUAAAUGAUCAUUUUCCACUCGUGGUAUGGCAGACUGGAUCAGGAACCCAGACAAAUAUGAAUGUAAAUGAAGUCAUUAGCAAUCGAGCAAUUGAAAUUCUGGGAGGUGAACUUGGUAGCAAGAAACCUGUACAUCCCAACGAUCAUGUUAAUAAAAGCCAGAGCUCAAAUGAUACUUUCCCCACAGCAAUGCACAUUGCUGCUGCAGUAGAAGUUCAUGAAGUGCUGCUCCCGGGACUACAGAAGCUGCAUGAUGCUCUCGAAGCAAAAUCCAAGGAGUUUGACCAGAUCAUCAAAAUUGGGCGUACUCAUACACAGGAUGCUGUUCCACUUACUCUUGGGCAGGAAUUUAGCGGUUAUGUUCAACAAGUAAAAUAUGCAACAACAAGAAUUAAAGCUGCCAUGCCAAGAAUUUAUGAGCUCGCUGCUGGGGGCACUGCUGUUGGCACUGGUUUAAAUACUAGAAUUGGCUUUGCAGAAAAGGUUGCUGCAAAAGUGGCUGCACUCACAGGCUUACCUUUUGUCACAGCUCCAAAUAAGUUUGAAGCUCUGGCUGCUCAUGAUGCUUUGGUUGAACUCAGUGGAGCCAUGAAUACUACUGCUUGCAGUCUGAUGAAGAUCGCAAAUGAUAUUCGUUUUCUGGGUUCUGGUCCUCGCUCGGGACUGGGAGAACUGAUUUUGCCUGAAAAUGAACCAGGAAGCAGUAUCAUGCCAGGAAAGGUGAACCCCACCCAAUGUGAAGCAAUGACCAUGGUUGCAGCCCAAGUCAUGGGGAAUCAUGUUGCAGUUACCGUUGGAGGAAGCAAUGGACAUUUUGAGUUGAAUGUUUUCAAGCCAAUGAUGAUUAAAAAUGUGUUACACUCAGCCCGACUGCUGGGAGAUGCAUCAGUUUCCUUCACAGAAAACUGCGUGGUGGGAAUCCAGGCCAACACAGAAAGGAUUAGCAAGCUGAUGAAUGAGUCUCUAAUGUUGGUGACAGCUCUUAAUCCUCACAUAGGGUAUGACAAAGCCGCCAAGAUUGCUAAGACUGCACACAAAAAUGGAUCAACCUUAAAGGCAACUGCUAUUGAACUUGGCUAUCUUACUGCAGAGCAGUUUGAUGAGUGGGUAAAACCAAAGGACAUGCUGGGUCCAAAGUGAUUUAAAUAAAUUUAUAAUAAAAAUGAUUAUGUCAUAUAAAAUAAAAAGUGAUACAGACUCCUUAUAUUUCUUAAACAAAAAUGGAUAAAUGUGAAAGAAAAUUGCUAUUGGACUUGACUAUCUCUAGCAGAGCAGUUUGGUUAGUGUAUAAAACCCCAGGACAUACUAGGUCCAAAAUGGAUUAAGUGUCAAAUAAAAUCACUAAAUUGUAUAA